AUGUCCACCCCACAUCGUUCCACUAUGGAAACCCGAACCAAGUAUACAAAACCGAUCAAUAACCGUCCUGAUGAGUGGAAGGUUGAGCAAGGCCUUGCUGCCUACAAACUUCCCAUCAUUGAUCAAAGUGGAAAAUCAGUUUCCUUCAUUGCUCCACCCGCGGAACAACAGGUCACAAAAAAUGAAAAGGCCAUUCGCGCUAUUGGUGACCGAAGUAAACUUUUUGCCCGUGAAAAGCCGGGCUGGACAGGCUACGUUGAGUGGGAGAUUCAUCCCGAAAAGAAAGCCAAAGCACACGAAGUUUUGACAUCGCAAACUUUUGCCCCUUGUCCCGAUUUUCAAUGGGGACCUAUACCUCCUACCAACCCUGUGUUACCCGGCGAUGAUUUCAAGUCAUGGCAUACCGCACUAGGGGGAGAGCUAACUAGAGUCCCUGAUGAUUCCUGGAAGACGGUUUUGAAAGAGAAACAUCCUGAAAUGCUGCAUCUGCUGCAAUUCCCGUACAAUGGAGAGCCACCCAAACGAUUGGUUACAGACAAAGCUAUUACUCCAAAUUCACUCCACUUUGUGCGUAACCACGGUGGUAUCCCGCUUAUUGAGGAGAAAAAGUUCGAGUUACAACUCGAUGGUCUUGUCAAGUCUCCCAAAACAUAUACUAUGAAAGAUUUGAUGGACGAGUCAAUUUUUCCACAGAUGGAGAAGACAAUUACUAUGCAAUGCUCAGGGACUCGUCGGAUCGAGCAGAUAUCUUUGUACGCUGGUCAAGGCGACGAAGUUCCCCAGGCACCGUGGGCCGAGGGUGCCAUAGGCACUGCGAGAUACAAAGGCAUAAGCCUCAAAAAGCUGAUCAAAGAUUGUGGAGGGCUGAUCAGCAACGCCAAGCACCUUGAAUUCUAUGGUGUUGACACAUAUGUGAAAGACCUUAGUGUUGGAAACUACGUUGUGAGUGUCCCAUGGUCCAAAGUCAAGAGCAAUGAGGUCAUUCUUGCUUGGGAAAUGAAUGGUGAACCACUUCCUAAGAUCCAUGGAUUUCCAUUACGAGUGAUCGUGAUGGGGUAUAUUGGAGCUCGCAGUGUGAAAUGGCUGUAUCGAAUCAAGGCCAUUAAGAGUCCAUCCCUGGCACCUGUUCAAAGCAGGGAGUAUCUGUACUUCAACCAACAGAUGGGGAAGUAUAACCAACGCCCCAUGGAUGGAAUCCAGAUCCAGGAGAUGCCUGUAAGCUCUGCUAUUAUGUCUCCAUGGCAAAAUCAAGUGAUUAUGCACAGUGGUAAGAUCCGUUGCAAGGGCUGGGCUUACUCUGGUGGUGGCAGGUGGCCUGAGCGUGUGGAAUUAUCAGCCGAUGGGGGUUUCAAUUGGUACGCUGUCCCAGAGGAGAAUCUAUCGAAGAAGGGAAAAUGGACUUGGAGGUCAUGGGAAAUCGAUCUCCCUUGUGAUGUAGAAGGUUGGAUCGAGAUCGUGUGCCGAUGUUGGGAUAAUUCUUUGAAUACCCAACCACUUAAUGUGCGAGCAGCCUGGAACUGGGGCCUACAUGUCACAUCCUCAGCACACCGCAUCAAGAUCUACAGCGUCAACAAAACCCACAAGCUCACCCAACAAAAGUUGGCGCAGUUCAAAGAGCACGACAUUCCACUGGUUCCUCUAACCAGGUACGAUGCUGUACCAGGCAUCACCGACCGGGAGAUUGCAAAGUACCAGGAAUCCCACCCUCGCGAUGUCGACGAAUAA